AUGAAUGGUAAUCGCGUGGCAUCCAAACGCGGUUUUAUUCAAAAAAUUCAAGGUCGUUUGAUCAAUCGCCAUUAUCGAAGCCAUGAACAAAAUCCCAACUGGAGACAUCUCUCGAGCAAAAUUACUUCACCUAUUAAAGACCUGAGGCAUAUAGUAAAUGUGGUUGUUGAUGGGCUUACAUCGGUUACUGUCGGUUCUGUGCCAGCUCAAGAAGUAGGAGAGAAAGGUGCUAGCGAUUUGCUUAUCCGUGUUGAGCAGAUUGCCUUGCACUCGUUGCUGAUCUCUUUUCUCGUAGAUGACCUUGCUUAACGUUGUUUUCCUUGGGAGUAUGCUGAGAGGAAGGAAAACAAGCAAGGAUAUCUCCUCGCCUCAGUGGUCAGAGACAUCAAGUGCAUAUGCGUUCUUCGGGGCGGUUCACAGGACGUAGCGGAGGCGUGCCAAUUUGUCCCGCUUCUUGCACAGAUGGGCACCGUGGAUCCUCCGGUGCUGCGACAUCAGGAAGAGGAGAACUCUUCUUCAAUUAAACGAACAGUAUAA